CUGUCGGUGGUCGAAGACGCCUGUGCAGCCAAUGAUGGUGUUAUUUAAAAACCCAUGAUACUGUCGUCUCCAGCACGCGGGUGGGUUUUAAACCUCCCGCUCCGUGUCCUGCCUCGUCCACAGGUUUGCAGGCACGAGAAUGAACAACUGUCAUCGGGCACUUGAGGCCACCACUGACCCCCGUCCUUUGUGAUCUAGCUGUGUUUCAUCCUGAUACGCAGGUAAGCCAGGCUCCAAUUCUGGCUACGCGCAUGCUAUUUGUCGAUGGGCGUGGACUAUAAAGCCUGGCCAACAUCCAGAGGUCAGUCAUUAACAACCCAGUCUUCAAACAAGUCAAUCUUCAAACCACUUGUCUGCACAAUGAAGCUUUCCUCCGCUGUCAUCCUUUUCUCCGUCUUUGCUCUUCCUGCUUUUUCGGCGCAGGUCAAAGUGACCUACGACGACUUCUAUGACAAUGCAGCCACUUCCCUCUCCGAAGUCGCUUGUUCUAACGGUGCCAAUGGCCUGUUGACAAGAGGCUACACUACUUUCGGCUCUCUUCCGUCUUUCCCCAACAUUGGGGGUAUUCCCGACCUCACUUGGAAUUCGGCUCUGUGUGGUACUUGCUGGAACUUGCAGUACUUCACUUCCGCUGGGACACAUGAGAGCAUCAACAUCACCGCUGUCGAUGCAGCGGAUACAUUCAAUCUGUCCCUUGAGGCAUUUGACGUGUUUACGGACUAUACUGGUGUCGCUGCGGGCGGGGUCUACUGCAAACUCCACCCUAAUAGACGCGAGCUUCUGUGGCAUGUAAUCACAGUAUGUCACAUCACCAGGAGAUCUUGAAGUUUGAUGAAUUAUUAUUAUUGGGUUACACUCUAGAACUCUUGUCCCAUCGUCUUGAUUCUUCUGCCGUUGCUGUUAUAUAUACUUGGCUUUCGAUUUUCAUUCGAAGUACAGUUGUUCACAGUACUUACCCGUUCAUUGUGGUUAGUUGGUCGGACUUGCAUUAACUUGAUUGUCUAUAAAUUUAAAUCGUAGAGGCGCUCGCGUCAUCCCCGACUCCGCAAGGAGACACUU